AUGACCAGCGGCCCUGGAGGAGGAGGAGGAGGAGGGAGCGGGCAGCCGGCGCACCAACAGCAGCAGCAACAUAGCAACACCAGCAACAACAACAACAACAGCAGCAGCAGCAACAUCAACAGCAACAACGGUGCAACAGCAACAGCAACAGUGAGCAGCAGCAGCAACAACAGUAGGAGCAACACACCGUCAUCCGUUGGAACGGGAGCCACAUCCACGCUCCAGCGUCGCAUCCUGCGAGGCCACGCCGCCCAAACAACCAGCGGCGAGCGUGUCCUGCUCAUCAACUACGUGCCACAGACGGGAACUGGAUCUGGAUCGGGAGCAACUACCGCCACCACAUCCACAUCCACCCAGAGCGGCACGUCCCAAAUGCCCACCCGUAAGAUACUCCAGGCCAGAGCCUCGGCAGCAGCAGCAGCAGCCGCAGCGGCAGCUGGGGGUGACACCUCGCCACCACCGGCCACACCGCCGGCCGUCUCAUUUGCUGGCCUCGGCUCCGAGGUGACCGUCACCCUGACACGCACCAAUCAGCGUGCCAGCGUGACGAGUGUCACAGCCGCCGGUCAUAUUGUAAGGAAUCAGCAAGCCACAUAUUCAGCCAACACAGCAUCGUCGUCGACCAGCUCGACAGCGAUCCAUGAGCAUAUAGCCACGCCAACAACGCCACCGCCUCUGGUGUUCACCCAUCAUCCGCACCACCAUCAGCAGCAGCAAUCCCAGCAACACCAGCAGCAUCAUGACUACCAUCAGGAUCACCAGCUGCUGGGUCAGGAGCACAUUAUCAUCGAUCACCAUCAGCAGUCGGAGGAUGAUCAGUUGAUUGAGUACGAUGAUAGCGGGGGAAUGGAGGAGCAGCAUCAUCAAUUGCAACUGCAGGAGGAACUGCACGAUUCCCAGCAGCAGGAUCAUCAUGACGUUGUCCAGGAGGUGUAUCUCCAGUAAGAGAGAUCUAGGAUAGGCUUUUAGUGAAAUAAGUUUUUAGCCAUUUUAUAAAUAACUGAAGGGGGGUUACCAAUAGAUGUGUUUUUAAAGCUUUAAAUUGGCUUUUAAAAUUUUUAACGAAUUUUAUUCAAAACCACUUAGUUAUGUAUUUCAAUUCCACAUUUUUGAAACCCAUCGCUUCAGAUCAUGUAGAUAAAAAUACGCAUAUUUAAUCCAAAAAAGUAACACUAAAAUAGGUCUCUAAGGAUGAUAUUGUAUAUAAAUUUUGGGACAAGUGAGGAGGAAUAUCGGUCUAAAAAUACAUACACAUUGAAGAUAAAAUUCAAUUACCUAGUUAAUAACGUAUACAGAUUAUUUUUGUACUAUACAAGAUAUCCUUGAAAUGUGAAUUUUGGUUCGGAACUUACACUUACACUGCACUCUAAUAGCUAACCAUUGAAGAUCCAAAAGUUAUGGCCAGUUGCAGAUCGAGUGGGAUAUCAUCCAAAAGCGUAAUCAAAUGUAAAGUAUAUCGACUUCAAUUUAGAAAGAAACAAAUUUCGCACAUAAUGCAUACAUAUUUAAGAAUUACAUUCUGAUUGUUUGAUUGAGAGAACUGUUGAUGCGAAAAGGCCCCAGGAAUUCAUUGACCCAUUUGGGUCAAGUCUAUAGGAAGAACGUAGUUAUGUAACCCAGGGUUUGGGGCCAAGGCAAUAAAGCAAGCCGGUUUGUGUACUGAAAUUAA